AUGAUUUGGUGGGAAAAUGGAGUCAGGACCUUAAGACUAACAACCAGACCGUCACCUCCUACCACAAUCAGCAGCCCAGUUGAAAGCCAGGUACAGCACCUGGAAACCUUGAAAUCUGCUGUUAGUUCCCCACCAGGAGAACCUAUCAUCCCAAGUGAAUAUAGAGACUUAGCAAAAGCGUUCCGCGAGGUGGAAUGUGACAUCCUGCCACCCCACCAAACUAUGGACUGUGCUAUUGAGAUUUUACCGGGGGCAAAAUUACCCAAACCGAAAAUAUAUUUUAUGACCCCUCGUGAACUGAAAGAGCUGAGAGCAUAUAUUGAUAAGAACUUAGAAAGGGGAUUUAUCCAACCAGCAAAAUCCCGGAUGGCCGCCCCAAUGCUGUUUAAGGAAAAGAAAGAUGAAUCAAAGAGGCUGUGUGCUGAUUAUAAAGGGUUAAAUUGCGGGGUUUUAGUUUACUUUGACAACAUCCUCAUCUACACUGAGACCAUGGAUGAGCAUGUUAAAUUAGUGCAUGAAGUGCUAAAAAAGUUGCUAAAUGCCAAGCUUUACACAAAACUCUCAAAAUGCGAAUUCCAUCAAACACGCUUGUAUGACUUAGGAUACAGGAUCUCCAGUGAAGGCAUUGAAAUGGACCCAGCUAAAGUGAAAGCAGUACUAGAGUGGCAGCCCCCACGAACCCAGAAGCAAUUCCAGAGCUUCUUGGGAUUUGCUAAUUUCUACUGGUUCUCCAGUAAACGUUACUUGCAAUAUUUUUAUCAACAGUUUUGGAUCAGUCACAGAAAUCACAAUGGUCUUCCUGUAAAUGUUACCUGCAACAUAUUUAUCAACAGCUUUGGUUCAAUAGCUGAAACUACAAUGGACUACAGAGUGAACAUUUUUUUGAGGCAGCAGUGGAACGACUCCCGUCUUGCUUAUAGUGAAUACCCUGAUGACUCCUUGGAUUUGGAUCCAUCAAUGUUGGACUCUAUUUGGAAACCUGAUUUAUUCUUUGCCAACGAGAAAGGUGCAAACUUCCAUGAUGUUACCACAGACAACAAGCUUCUAAGGAUUUCCAAAAAUGGGAAAGUAUUAUAUAGUAUCAGGCUAACAUUAACUUUAUCCUGUCCCAUGGACUUAAAGAAUUUUCCUAUGGAUGUACAAACAUGUACAAUGCAACUAGAAAGCUUUGGCUAUACAAUGAAUGAUCUGAUAUUUGAAUGGAUGAGCGAUGGCCCAGUACAAGUAGCAGAAGGCUUAACUCUGCCGCAGUUUAUUUUGAAAGAAGAGAAGGAGCUUGGUUAUUGCACAAAGCAUUACAAUACUGGAAAAUUUACAUGCAUUGAAGUAAAGUUUCAUUUGGAGCGUCAGAUGGGAUAUUAUUUAAUCCAGAUGUACAUUCCUAGCCUGCUGAUCGUCAUUUUGUCCUGGGUAUCUUUCUGGAUCAACAUGGAUGCUGCUCCAGCCAGAGUUGCACUGGGCAUAACUACAGUUUUGACAAUGACCACUCAGAGUUCAGGCUCCAGAGCAUCUCUUCCAAAAGUCUCUUAUGUAAAAGCUAUUGACAUCUGGAUGGCUGUAUGUCUUCUCUUUGUCUUCGCUGCAUUGCUUGAAUACGCAGCAGUGAACUUUGUGUCAAGGCAGCAUAAAGAGUUUUUGAGGCUUCGAAGAAGGCAAAGGAGGCAACACAAGUGCCCAGUGUUCAACCUGUUUGAAGAAGUUGCAGUUCGUGAUAGCCAAUUUAACUUUGGUGGCUAUGGGAUGGAGCACUGCCUACAAGUAAAAGAUGGUACCACAGUCAAAGCUACACCUCCCAAUCCUCCACCACCUCUCAUGCCAAAAGAUUCAGAUUCCAUCAAAAAGAAAUUUGUGGACCAUGCCAAAAGGAUCGAUACAAUAUCCCGAGCUGCUUUCCCACUUGCCUUUCUCAUCUUCAACAUAUUUUACUGGAUCACAUACAAAAUUAUACGUCAUGAGGAUAUUCACAAAAAAUAAGUAAUUCUUUGCAAGCUGGGUUUUCUAUGCAAAGUGACUUCCUUGUAAAUAGUGAAGUGUCUUUUUUUGUCCUUGGCA